GACCCGUUGUACCGCGUCAGCACCGGUAACUAUGAGUACCGCUUGAUUCUGCGCUGUCGACAGGAAGCUCGCGCACGGUUCGCCAAGAUGCGCAAGGACGUUCUGGAGAAAAUCGAACUCCUGGACCAGAAACACGUUCAGGACAUCGUGUUCCAGCUGCAGCGCUUCGUCUCCGGCAUGUCACGCUAUUACGACGACUGCUACGGCGUGCUGAAAGAGGCCGACGUGUUUCCCAUCGAGGUGGAUCUGUCCCGCACCAUGAUCAACUACAGCGGACAGAGUCUCUCAUACGAGGACGAGGAGGAGGAAGAGAUGGGCAGAGGAGGAGAGGAAGACGCUCCGCAGGCUGAGAACGGAGCCGAGAAACUCAUCGACGACGAGUGAGUGAGCGAGCCAAUGAAUGAGUGAAUUAUCAGGUGAAAUAAUAAAAGAAAGGAAUGUGAAGGAUCUCAUUGUCGCUGAAAAAAACUACACAUUCUACAGAUG